GCAGGAGAGGAAGUGGGUCGAGCGAAGCGGGUUGGGCCGCGAGCGAGGAUGGAGCCGUGUCCGCGCGCCGCUUUUCCCCGCCAUGGUGUCUGACGCUCCGGGGCUCAUGCCGCACGCGCUUCCCGCUAGACGGACGAUGUGACUGUGGAGUCGAUGCCCGUCGCGAGCUAGCAGGCUGUCGGCUUGGUGAGCUCUGCGGCGGGGACGAGCUCGGGCACGGAGCUCCGCCGAUUCGCUGCAUUUCCACGCAGAGUCGAGAGAGAGAGGAGGAUGAUGAUGAUGAAGAGGCCUUAGAUCUCCGUUCGGGAGCGGUGUGCGCUGUCAGACAUGGCGUCCCAACUCCAGGGCUUCUCCUCUCCCUCCGUAUCGUCCAGUGGCUAUUCCCGUUCAAAGCGGCUGAAGGUGGAGAACCCCGCCUGGGAGGUGUCCAAUCAGCUGCCAGAUAACGCCUACUACCAGCACAGCCCGUCCCAAGGGGCCGCCCCCUCCACCUCCGGCUCCUGCUUCAUCCCGCUGUACAACUCCAUCCAGGUCCCUCCACCCGCCGCUAGCUCUCGAGAGCAGACGGUGGUGCGGGCCGCCGACAGCACCGGCAGCCUCCACGCACCGCCCUCCUCCUCAUCGUCCUCUUCCUCCUCCAGCCGCAACCCCAAGGAUGCAGAGUCCUCUCAGGCCUGCGACCUUCCCCCGAAGCAGUACAGCUUGAAGAGGAAGAGCGAGGAGGUGGACAGCAGCGACAGCGUCCAGAUACUGGAGGAGCUCUCGGCACCCGUGGUCUCGAACCGCGCGGGCGGCGGCGGCGGCACCACCACCGCUCAGUCCAUAGCACACUCCACCUCCACCACCAAGAGCAGCAACUCCCACAGCGAGGGCGACUACCAGCUGGUGCAGCACGAGAUCCUGUGCUCCAUGUCCAACAGCUACGAGGUGCUGGAGUUUCUGGGGCGCGGCACCUUCGGGCAGGUGGCCAAAUGCUGGAAGAGGGGCACGAAUGAGAUCGUGGCCAUAAAAAUCUUGAAGAACCACCCUUCGUAUGCUCGACAAGGCCAAAUUGAGGUGAGCAUCCUCAGCCGUCUGAGCACGGAGAACGCCGACGAGUUCAACUUUGUCCGCUCGUACGAGUGUUUCCAGCACAAGAACCACACGUGCCUUGUGUUCGAGAUGCUGGAGCAGAACCUCUAUGACUUCCUGAAGCACAGCAAGUUCAGCCCGCUGCUGCUGAAGUGCAUCCGGCCCAUCUUGCAGCAGGUGGCCACGGCUCUGAUGAAGCUGAAGAGUCUGGGGCUGAUCCACGCGGACCUGAAGCCCGAGAACAUCAUGCUGGUGGACCCUCUGCGGCAGCCUUACAGGGUCAAGGUUAUUGAUUUUGGCUCUGCCAGCCACGUCUCCAAAGCCGUUUGCUCCACUUACCUGCAGUCGCGGUAUUACAGGGCUCCAGAGAUCAUUCUGGGUCUUCCCUUCUGUGAAGCUAUUGACAUGUGGUCCUUGGGAUGCGUCAUUGCAGAGCUGUUUCUGGGAUGGCCUCUUUAUCCGGGGGCCUCAGAGUAUGAUCAGAUUCGCUACAUUUCUCAGACUCAAGGCCUUCCGGCAGAGUACCUGCUGAGCGCCGGAACCAAGACGAGCCGCUUCUUCAACAGGGGCCCCGACUCAAGCUACCCUCUCUGGAAACUAAAAACACCUGCAGAGCACGAGGCAGAGAUGGGCAUCAAGUCGAAGGAGGCUAGAAAGUACAUCUUUAACUGCCUGGAUGAUAUGAUGCAGGUCAACAUGACAACCCUGGAGGGCAGCGACAUCCUGGCCGAGAAGGCCGACCGCCGCGAGUUCAUAGACCUGCUGAAGAAGAUGCUGACCCUGGACGCGGACAAGAGAAUCACGCCCAUGAAGACGCUGAACCACCCCUUCGUUACCAUGACGCACCUGCUGCACUUCCCCCACAGCUCGCAUGUCAAGUCCUGCUUCCAAAAUAUGGACAUUUGCAAGCGCAGGUGCAGCGCCUUCGAGAACGGCAAAAACAUGUUUGCCGGCAACAGCACGCCCAGCGCAGCCGCCAACCUCACCGUCACGUUCAGCAGCCAGCUCAACCAACACAACCAGAUGGCCUCCACAGGAGGUCAGUCCCUGUCCCUGAGCAGCAAUGUGCCGCUGCUGAACUACCAACCCGGCCUCUACCAGCAGGCCACCAUCAACAUCCCGGGCCUGACCCAGCAGGGCGUUCCUCUGCAGACCCGGCCAACCCAGCUGUGUACUCAGACCGAGCCCUUCCAGCAGACUCUCAUCGUUUGCCCACCGACCAUACAAGGCCUUCAAACUGCCAACAAGCCGUCUGGCUAUCCAGUGAGGAUGGACAACUCGGUACCACUAGUCCCUCAGAACCAGUCCUCCCAGUCUCUUCAUAUCCAGCCCAGCAUGCUGACACAGCAGGGCUGGCCUGCAGGAACCCAGCAGAUCCUCAUCCCCUCCACAUGGCAGCAGAUGCCGGGCAUUUCCAUCCACAACCCGGGGCAGGCGGGGGUCCUCACCGACUCACCUGUGGGGGCGCCAUUAUCUGAAAGCCAGCAGGCUUCGGGGUGGAGGGGUCGUCACGGUAACCAGUUUGAUGGGCAGCAGGAGUCUGGGGUCAGCUGUCACACCGUCACCCAGUACCACAGCUCAGGGACUGGUCACACCAGACCCCAGGUGGGGAAAAGGCCGAAGGCUCGUCAUGCUGAGAGCAGAGCCAGGCCGGUGUCUUCCGUCCAUUCGGGCUCCAGCGUGGUCCACAGCACUUCUUUUCCUGGAGACCAGUCUCAGCCCAUCAUCAUCUCUGACACGCCCAGUCCUGCAGUCAGCAUCAUCACCAUCCACAGCGACUCUGAGGAUGACGAGGAGACGAAGGCCUCCACCACCUGCUCUGGCACGAGUCAGAGGACCAACGUGAUCAGCUGUGUGACCGUGCACGACUCCCAUGACUCGGACUCGUCCAACAGCAGCCCGCUGAGCCCCAAAACCGCCACACAGCCCAGCAAGUCUCUGGCUGUCAUCAUGCCCUCUGUGAAGGCUCAGCCUGCAGAGAACGCUGCGCUCAAGGCGGCAGCAGCGGCGGCGGCAGCUCCAGAUCAAGCCGCUGGGGCUUCUGGGAAACCAAAGAAGGCCUCCGCUCAGGCCUCUGCGCGGCCAGGAGACGCCGCCAGCGACUGGCCCCAUCGAGGCGCAUCCAGCAGAUCUCAGCCGCUCAACCUGAGUCAGCCGUCUGUAAUGCCGUCCCCCCAAAACCAACCAGGAAGCAGCAGCUCUCUGAGACGCCAGCCCACCUACCCGCCGGCCUCCUCCCACUCAUCCUACCGCCUCCACGAAAGCUCCGCCUUCUUCGGCUCAACCCCAAACCUGUAUGCCUACCCGGCCUCUGCCGCUCUGGCCUCUGUGUCCCAGGCUGUCGACCAAAUGCAGGGCUGCCCGUCCCACCAUAGCCGGGUGGGCGGAGCUUACUCCUCCCUCGCCCUGCUGCAGAAAAGCACUAGUUUAACCCUCCCAGGGUCCGUUCCAGCCCAGUACACCAUCCAGCAGCAGCAGCAGCAGCACCCGCUGGGGGUCCCGGCUUCCCAACGCUCCAGUGCCGCCUACCAGAGAAAACUCAACCAGUUUCCGUACCAGUGAAACGGCGCCGUUCCCACAGCAACUUCAGGUGAGCACAAGGUCCUCUUAGGCGGCGGCGAAACGGCUUUUCACCCUGAGAGAUUGUCCACUUCCAGAACACAAACGGGACAUUUGAAUCGCCCCGACACUUCCUCCAGCUCUGCGGCGAUGGCGGAGACGCCGAACGGUGGUUUUAACGACACUGCUGGUUAAAGCGGAUUCAACAUCACACCUGACACACAACAGAAACAUCAACACAACCUCAAGGUUGAAACUUUCUGCUUUUAGUGAAAAACAAAA